CUUAUCUAAUACACUGGCCUAUAGAGUGGCUGAUCUUUAAAUAGCUCACUCUUUGUGGCAGUCCUUGCUUAUGGCCAUACCACCCUGAGGGCGCUAGAGAGCUACAGGAAGUGUUGGCUGCAGUUGGGAGAGGAAGGCUCUCCUCCAUUUUGUUUUUCUGUUUGUGUUAGUUUGUGAGCUGUUUUGGACUUUAGGUUAGUUUUUUGUGUGGUUUGUCAAUUUUAAACCACCUAACAGCAGCAUUUAGCUGGCUGGAGGGUGGUUACCCACCUUUUUUUUUUCUCUUCGUUUUUGUUUUUUUGUUUUCUUACAAUGGAUGGAUUAAUGGAUAACGACACAGGACCGGCUGGAGAGACACGAAUGGAAAACGACACUGGACUAGGCGGAGAGACACGAUCGGCAAAUGACACUGGACUGGGAAAUCGACUACGAGCUGGAAAUGGAAAGAACCAAGGCACAAGGGAGAAAUUUCUUCAAAGAAAAUAUCUAAAGGAGGCUACAGUGAUUGUGAACGUAGAGAAUGUGAUCGAGGUGAGAGCGGAGGAUAUUAUCAAGGCUGUAUCAAAACAAUGUGGACAUGGGCAAAUCUUGGCACUAAGGCCAAGACAAGGAAAGGAAUACGAACUGACAAUGGAAAAGGAAGAAACAUGUGACAAACUGACUGAUGGACUGAUAAUAAAAGGAGUGAACUGUGAGGUUAAAAAUUUGCAAAAUAGAGACUAUGUUGUUUCCUUCAUGCACCUGCCCGUCUAUCUUGAUGACAAUGAAAUUUUAGGGAAAUUGGAAGGAUGGGGAGUUAAUCCCAUUUCAAAGAUUAAAAGAAGAUGCUACCCGGGCACUGACAUUGAGGAUGGAACAAGGUUCCUAAAAGUGAGAUUCCCCAAAGAAGUGGCAUCGUUGCCAUAUAGCACGAAGCUGGAAACAGCGGAAGGGCCGCAGUAUUUUAGGGUGAUGCACAGCCAUCAGGUGAAGACUUGUAGGCUGUGCAUGAGCCCGGGACACCUGCUAAAAGACUGCCCAGAUUUUAAGUGCUACAAGUGUGAGGAGAGGGGACACUUUGCAAGAGAUUGCAAGGCUGUCAGGUGCCCGGGGUGUCAAGGAGUUUUAAAUAAAUGUGAAUGUUGGAUGGAGGGAGAGGAAGGAGGUAUGGAACAUCGGUUGGACGGACAGGUGCAUGAAGGAAACAGCGAGGAGGAAAGAGAAACUGAUGAAGGACAAGAGGAAGAAGGAUUGCAACAAAAAGAAACAGAAGGAGGAACAAGCAACCGAGAGGAAGGAGGAGAAAAAGUGAAUAAUGAGGAUAAGGAACUGACAACAGAACAGGACACCCAAUGGACAGAAAUUGAAAUAUCGGACAGUUUUAAAAAUCUUCGGGAUAACGUGGAGCGUGAUGGACAAGGAAUGGAUGAUCAGAACAAAGAAAUGGACAGUGAAGAAGAAACAAGUAUGGACAACAUGGAAAAAGACAGAGGGGUGAGAGGACAAAUAAGAAGGAGAACAUUAAAGGUAAAACCAAAUCUGGAAAAUUCAAGGAAAAAGAAAAUGAAAAGUGUAAACAGAUAUGAAGUGUUAAGAGGGCUGGAGGGAGAAGAUGGAGAAUAAUGGUUUUUAGGUAUUUAUUUUUCUUUUUUUUAAUGGUUUUAAGUUGUGUUACUUUUAAUGCAAGGGGACUGAUGGAUAUGGGAAAAUUUGAAAGAGUGAAAGAAAAAUGCAAAGGUGAAGAUGUUAUUGCUUUGCAAGAAACAAAUUGGAAAGAGAGUGUGAUGAUGGACUAUAAAAAGAAAUGGGAAGGGGAUAUUUUAUAUAACAAUGGGGAUGGAAGGCUUGGAAGAGGAGUGGUGUUUUUAAUGAGAAAAUAUGUUUUUAAUGCAAGUAAAUUAGUGUAUAAAGAUAAGAUGGGGAAAUGUAUGGUGGUGGAAGUAAAUUAUGAAGGACGCGAACUGAUUUUAGUGAAUGUACAUGCGCCAACAGAGGAGAAAGAAAAGAAAGAAUUUUUUAAUGUUUUAAGAAAUAUCGUAAACAAGUAUAAGGAAAUAAUAAUGAUAGGGGAUUUUAACACAGUUUUUAGUAAACAAGACAUGGCAGAAGGCAUGGUUUUUAAAACUGACACGGGGAGAAAAGAAUUAAAAGCAUUAAUGGGAGAAAA